AUGUACGCGGGGAGAAGACGAGGGCGGCCCCCAAAAGCACCAUCGCCACAACCAAGGACUAUCUACGAGGGGCUGAACCCACACUUCAACGUCUUCAUCUGCGAGUGGAAGGGAUGCAAAGCUGAGCUACACAACUUUGCAACGCUGCAAAAGCAUGUCCUUGUGGUUCACGCGAGAAACGGUCCAUUUGCGUGUCAAUGGGCCAAGUGUGCCGAGCAGCAGCCGCCUCACCAGUUCUCCACAUCUGCGCACCUCAAAUCUCACUUGGAGGAUCUACACAUGCUUCCUAUCGCCUGGCAGGUAGGGGACGGGCCGCAGGUAUCGUUCAAGCGAUAUGCUCCCGAUGAUGGGACCGAGCUCCCAGACUACCUUUACGACAAGGCGGGCCAUCAGAUCACACCAUCUAUCCGAGAUCAGAAGGAAGAAGACUUCUACACGUGGCGCAACAACCGGCGGAGACUCAAGGAGCUAUUGCUCUUGCGAGAUCAGAACAUGCCAAGUGAGGGGGAAGACAACGGUGUGGAAGAGACGGUCGAAGGAGGAUGA